UCUAAAGAAUUAUAAUGGCACAAUUUAAAAAGAUUUCAUUGGUUAUCUUGGUCUUGGCUAUUGUAGCCUGCUCGGCUGAGCCAGCUAGAAAUCGCCAACGACAGGCUGUGAGAAAAUUACAACCACUGAGACAACGCUCAGCAGUACAGCAGAAACGUGUUUUAGCUAGACAAGAAGCUGUAACACCUUAUCCUUCUGCUGAUGAAUUGAAACCAGAAGUUGCCUUCGAAGAGGGAAACCAACCCGAUGAAGUAUAUGGACCACCCGAUGAGACCUAUGGCCCACCCGAACUCGAUGAAACUCCUGCCGAUCAGUUGCCUUCAGAAGAGGAUCCCGAAGAAUUUGCUCCCAAUCCCGAUGCUGAAGAAUUCCAACCCGCUGAAGAAGAGACAGUGGAUCCAGCAAAGGAAGAACAGGUCUCAAGACUUAACAACCGCAGAAAAUCCAACAAGAAAAACAUUGCAUCUCGUUUAGUCCAAAAGAAGAAAUCACAAAAGUCCCAACGCUUGGUAGUUGCUCCAGCACCUGUUGUUGCUGCUGCAGCCCUCCCCGUCGCGCUGCCUUACACGGCCCAAUCUAAACAAUACUUCUUCCUGAACCAACCUUUCGCUUACACUGCCCAGUAUCAAGCCUGGUAA